AUGAUUUAUAACCUUGACAGCAGCAUUCUCCUGCUACUGUCGUUACUAAUUCGUUUUGUUCAAGCAACAAUUCUAUACCAAAAUGAUUACGAACCACGUGUAUUCGAUUAUAUUCCAUCGAAUUGUUAUGAUUGUCUAUCCUAUCGUGAUAUUAUCCUCACACAAUUAACAAUCAUACCGGCGCGGUCGUUUGCGGAAUUUAACUUGGGUUCACGCGAUACGAAUCUGAUUCUAAAUGGACAACUGAGAUUAAUCUUUCAACCGUACGCGUUUCAAUCGCUUAUCAUUCAAAAACCCAACCAUACGUUGACCAUCACAUUCGCUGCGCCGAACUCCUGGUUGAACAUUACAGAAAAUACUUUCAAUGGCUUAGAACUUCAACCUUAUUCGACUUUGCGUAUCAUUAUCAAGUUCUUCUAUGGUUGUACUUUUCAUCCGAACUCUCUUUCUGGAAUCAAACUAGGUAAACAUUCACGUUUGAUUCUCGACAUGUCAUCCGUAACGCAAAUUCACUUUCAAAACAAGAUCUUCGAACCAGCUGAUCUUACGUCAUCUAUCGAAUUUCUGUUCUCACGUACAGAUACAAUCGUGUUCGAGUCGCAUUCAUUCUCAGCUCUGAAUCUUCAUUCAAAUCAGAUACUUUCGUUUCAUUUCGAACUCGUUUCGCAUAUUCAUCUGAAAUCCUAUUCAUUCAAGUCAGUACAGUUACAGAUGUCAAGUUCAUUUCGGUUUUACUCCUUGUUUUUAAAUCGUCUUACAAUGGAUUCGUAUGCAUUCGAAAAUAUGUCGUUCGCAACAAACGCAAUUUUCAAUUUUACCAUUCAAACAUUGGGAUCGUGUUUAUGCUUGAAAUCUCAUACAUUUCAUCAUCUGCAUUCAAUGUCAAACAGUGAAAACAUACAAAUUCUCUUAACUUUCAAUACACUCCGUGGAUUGUCCUUCUUUUCGAAUACGUUCUCAAAUUUAUCGCUAAAUACUGUGCGUAACGAACUAAGAAUUAAUUCGGAUAAUCCAACGAACGAUCCCAAUCCGAUUGUUAACUUUGCGAAAGAAACAUUCUCUUCUACGCAUUCAGGCUUAAUCACCUUGAAUUUUUCAUCGACAACGAUCCUACGCUUCGAAAAGAGUUCCCUCCAAACCGAUCAUCUACUUCAUCAGAUUUAUAUGAAAGAUAUUAUCUUAGUCGAUUUCUCAUUAGUAAAUACCAGUGAAAUUCACACUGAUAUGAACAUCCAUUUCGAUCGAAUCCGUUAUGUUAAUUGGUUCAAAUCUAUUGACAAUAGUUUAAUAAAUCAACGAUCCGUAAUGCAGUUUCAUUUUAAACAUCUAUCCAGCGCGUCCUGUCUCAUCUACGAAGCACCUCGUUCGAUUCCCUGGCUAUUUUCAAGUUCCAAUGCAACCGGAUGUACAUGUCCUUUACUAUUUGCCUACAAACUCGGUCAAUUGGAUGGACAAUUGAUUCCAUGCAUCCGCGCCCUGUCUGGCCAUGAAGCAGCUCGGAAAAUGGAUGAAUGUCAUUUCACUCGAAAAGAACAGACAUGCCAUUCGACUCUUCAGUCUUUGACGGAUCUGAAUCCAAAUUCAACAAGUUCAUCGUCAGUGACAAAUUACCUAGAAAUUGAUAAUGCAAUGGUUCGGCAAGUUUACGACAUGAAUUAUUUAUCCUGUUCAUAUAAUUAUUCUACAUAUUCAUCGACAUACUUUGUUCGCACACGGGUUUUCAACAAUCUAGGUCUUGUAGUGGGUAUUAUUCUCGCAAUCUUUAUUAUUUUAUUAAUUCUUGUUGUGGCUCUAUUGAACGGUCUGCAGUAUAAAAUGAGAGAAUACGAUGAGACGUGGACAUGGAGACGAAACAUGUCCUGGACAUCGUUACGGCGAACGAUCUCACAAACAUCGCUACGACGUUCAAGACGAGAUUUACGUACGAUAAAUGGUAAUGUAACAACGUCGAAAUCGGAGAAUCAACUUGAUCGCCUACGGACCGAUCAAGCUGAAAGUGACGAGCAAGACUUCGAGAAUGAGUUCGUUCCUGGACAAUGUUUACAUACAUCAAUCCACGAGAAUUUGAAGAAAAUCAACCCAUUAUGA